AUGCAGAUGAUCCCUGGGGCUGUCGAAGUGGUUGGCUGCAUUGGCUUUGCUUACUUGUACAAAUACUAUCCCAACAGACUAUUCUGGGCCACCUCAACAUCGAUGGUCGUCAUUGCGGCUCUAUGCAUGUUGGCUUUCGCUGAGAAUUUGAAUGCUCAAUUGGCAGGUUAUUCUCUCUUCUACUUGUGUCCCCUAGUGAUGAUUUGCGGCUUAUCGUCCUGUGCUUCUAAUGUGGCUGGCCACACUAAGAAGGUCACAGUCAAUGCUAUCUUUUUGAUUGGAUACUGCGUUGGUAAUUUGAUCGGCCCACAGACUUUCAUGGAUAAGCAAGCGCCUGAAUACAACGGUGCCAAGAUCGCCAUGGUGGUCUCUGGUUGCGCAGCAACUGUAAUCAUGAUUGUAAUUUGGAUUAUUAUGGCUGCUGAAAACAAAAGAAGAGAUGCUCGUGCCGCUGACUACCUGGAGUUCGAGCACAUCGAAAACCACGAGUUUGCUGACUUGACUGAUAUGGAGAACCCUCUCUUCAGGUACACCAUUUAG